AGAGGCUGCUGCCAUAACCUGGAAGGAAAUCGCUGUCAUCAGGAAUAAACUUCCUGUGGCUGGGGGAGCGCGGAAGAGAAGCGGCAGCGGGAGAGAUGGGUUUGACCGGCAGCGUGACCAGUAGGUUCUAGCUGAUGCCCAGGCUUCCUUGUAAUGAUGCCGUCACGUACCAAUCUGACUGCUGGGAUCCCCAGCAGCAAAGUCAAGUAUUCCAAGCUCUCCAGCACUGAUGAUGGAUAUAUUGACCUGCAGUUCAAGAAGAGCCCGCCAAAAAUCCCCUACAAGGCAAUUGCACUGGCUAUUGUGCUCUUCAUGAUUGGGACCUUCCUCAUUAUCAUAGGAGCCCUGCUCUUGGCAGGAUACAUUAGCAAAGGCGGAACGGACCGUGCUAUCCCAGUGCUCAUCAUUGGGAUCCUGGUGUUUCUCCCAGGCUUCUACCACUUACGCAUUGCAUACUACGCUUCCAAAGGCUACCGGGGCUAUUCCUACGACGAUAUCCCAGAUUUCGAUGACUGACCAAUGUAUUUAGUUGUAUUGUAAUUAGGUGGGCGGUAAGAACUGCUAGUUGCCCUGGAUAUCGCAGGAUUGUAGAUGAAGUCUGUCAGUCACAAGGUGCCAGUUCCUUGUUUUGAGGUGUUGCAGGUUUUUCGGUUGGGGGGGUGGGGGCUUGAACACAGAAUUGACCAAAAGGAUUGCAACAUUAGGCGGGAAGAACAUGUGAUUUAUUUUAUUUUUCCUCUUUUGGUUACAUAACACUGGUUGCUUGCACAAAGUUCUUCUUGGGCAAAGCAAUUCUAGUAAUUUUUCCAAAAAUAGAUGAGCCCGUUUCAGCAGCAAAGACGCUCGUUUUUCCUAACUGUUUAUAGAGUUUGUUUUCAGUGAGAUCAUGGUUACCUUUGGGUUUACCUUUGCAGACAAAUGCCAUAGUUAAAUUCUCCUUUUUGCUCCCUGUCCAUUGGAAAUGCUUCCGUUACUCCAGACAACCAGAUUGGGAGGCAGGUGUGUACAAGAGGGUGAAAGCUGCGCUUGCAUGAGGUAAUGGACACGUCGUGCAUUUGUUAGACAAUUCCUCUGGUCAGGCUGACCGAGCUCAUUUACUCAGCAGACGUAUGCUUCAGAAGCAAGCUGUUUCCCACGCCACUGUUACUUUUGGCAAAAUCUGCUUAUCCUUUAAAAGGACUGGUGUUGGAUUUUGCUUAUUAUUUUAAACAAACUGAAUGGAUACAGGGAGAAGAAUUGGAAUCCAGACCAGGACUCAAGUGUCUAAAUACCAUAAAUCUUGGGUUUGACUAGUGUGGAUAUUGGAGACGCUUGAAUUCCAGCUGUCUAUGUAUAUUUGGAAUCAUUUUGUCCUUGUGCAUAACUCCCCAGACCAGUAACAAGAAAAUCUCUGUAUAGUUUGUACUGAAUAAACCUCGUUUGUAUUGGUUUUGCUAGCUUCAGUGAUAUGUUAUUCAGGGAAAACUCUGGGUAGCUCUAUUCUAUGUAAAGUAAAAACUCUGUCUCCUCAAGUGAGUGGGAAUGAACUCCGUGUCCUGGAGAACAAGUAUGUGACAAGU